AAAAAACAAGAAGAACAAGAACAAGAACAAGAAGAAAAAGAUGGCUGACAGUAUGGCCGUUGCGGCUGAACAGUCAUCCGCCUCAGACACUGAACAAUUAAGACUGUCUGACUUACUGGAGCGUGGUUGGAAGAUACUUGAGGAACUGGACAGUUCAAACGAACCGUUUGGCCCCAACACCGUGCAUCGCAUUAAACGCGGCAUUAACAUGUUGGAAGACGCGUCCAGGAUGGUCGCUCAGCUCGACCUGUUCAGCCGUAACGAAGAGGUGGAAGAAGUCGCCACUGCGGACCUGAAGUACCUGCUGCUGCCCGCCCUGCUGGGGGCCCUUCACAUGAAGCAGAGCGGCCAGCACAGGCGGCUGGAGACGGUGCAGGCAGCUCGGGUUUACUUCCUGGAUUUCUUAAAGACGUGUCAUGGCUACAACAUCUCCCAGUUUGAGCUGCCGAAGUCUUCAAAUGAAAGCGGAGCUUCAGAGGAAACGUCGGAGGGCGUAUUUUCCAAAGCCAAGUCUUUUUCUGCAGGUCCAUCAAAUUUGGUUGCCAUGGCAGCAAAGAGACAAGCGAAGAUUGAACGGUAUCGACAGAGAAAGGAACUGGAGACUAGACUGUCAGAUGUUCACAAAGUAAUGGAGAGUGGACAGGCCGAUGACGAGGUCAGCAGAGAAUUUUACCUUCUGAAUGUCCAGAGAUGGAUCACUGUUUGUCUGGAGGAGAUGGAGGCCAUUGACCAGGAGGUGGAGAUACUUAAAAACAUGGAUGUUCUGAAGCAGAGUCCUGCUAACCAMCCAGCUCAGCCACCCAGAAAUCCCAUGAAACCCUUCAUCCUCACUAGAAAUGCUUUACAGGCUCAAGUACUCGGCGCUGGGUAUCCUAGCCUCCCCACCAUGACGGUGGAUGACUGGUAUGAGCAACACAGAAAACAUGGAGUCCUGCCUGAUCAGGGCAUGCCGAGCAAAGUUACUGUGGAGGACAACACUGAUGUGCAGGCGAGAGAUGAAGAAAAAGAGAAAAAGGCUGAGAAUGAUGAUGAAGAUUCUUUGUUAAAAGCCAGAAACUGGGAUGAGUGGAAAGAUGAUCACCGCCGAGGAUAUGGAAACCGCCAGAACAUGGGCUAACCCUUUCUUAAUGCACUCUUAAUUUCAUGUUUGUAAUGUAAACAACAAAGUGGAUGUUCCUCCUUAAAAUUUAAAUAUAAGAAUGUCUCAAAAUUUGGAA